AUGCCCAAAGGAAAACGAUCCGCUCGAGCGUCGUGGCUCUUCCGCAACAAGCCAGCCGUAGCUUCAGCCAACACCACGUUCGGUCGCUUCUAUGUCUCGAUCUAUCAUGAUGAAUCAAAAGUCGAAGGCUCGAUCGUUGUACAGCAUACCGUUCAUAUCGAAGGCUUCCCUUUCGAACAGACCCUUGACCUUGUCCUUCGUCCCGAAAGCAUAGUCGCUUGUGAAUUAUUUCUUGACAACCAGAACCAAAGAUUGCCUCCGGAAGUGCUCAACUUAAUACCGACCAACCGUAAUGAUAUAUGGAGUCUAUCAUUGACCAUGCGUAGUCCCGGGACUGUUAUAUGCCCGACAGCGCCCCUCCCCUUGUCAUUCGUAUCGACCAGUUUCGGACAGCAGUUUGCUGCCUUUUCUCACUUGUGUCAGACAACACACCUUCAAAUAUACCUGGGCAAGGACCAACUCCAGCCCGAGCAUCGCAUGCGCCUCGAACGCUUUGCUGCUGCCAUCGCUCUUCGUAAUCUCCGAGCCAAUCCUAUCGACCUCCGGAGCCUAGGUGGCGGUGGUGGAAAGCAAGAGACAAUAUGGGACUACAUACACCCGCCAGAAGAACAACAAGCAGAGCCUGGUGCUUCAAAGAAACGAUGCCGUGUUGAUUCCAACAGCCAACAGCAGUCAGGGGAGCCGUAUGCAAAGAUACAGAAAUUCUUCUGGGACACAGUACACCAGGGCUCACCCACUGAGGUAAACACACCGAGUCCGCGAUAUACCACCAGCCCUAGUCACACCUCCACUGCUGCCGACACGUCCGAUCUUCGACUCAUGCAUCCCUUCGCCUACGUAGAGAACCCAGGAGAUGAACCAUGUCCGUCCACAGUUCUCGGGCAUAGCGACGAGAAGAGACCAGGCUCACGAGCCUGUACGCCCCUUCCUGCUUAUCCAGCAGGAUACGAGAACACAUGUACACCAUCACCAGCGCUUCCAAAAGCAAGCGUCUCUCCAUGGGGAUCUAGUAUAGAGAUCAAGCCCACCUUCUUCACCCCUGAAACCGACAAUUCUGCCCCUUCCCCUGAGCUUACACAAGCCUUGGGCGGUAUGCUUCAACAAAUGCUGCCCAACAUCAUUGAAGGCGCUUUCUCGUCUAUUCUAGGACCCCUGAUCGAUGCCCGUCUCGAAGCACUAGUGAAUCACAAGAUGGAAGCACUUGUUCGGGAACAUCUUCCCAAGCUCACUUACCAGGCUCUUCGGCAAAACAUGGACAGAUUCGUCGACGAGCUCGAAGACGAACACAAGAAUGCAGAGUUUAAAAUCGGAGAGGCGGUCGAUGAGGCCAAGACUGAGUUGAAUGAGACGCGCGACAAAGCUAUCGAUGACAUUGAGACCUGGGCUCAGGAGCGAUUCGAGGAUUUUGAGGGUGAUGUUGACAGUAUUACUAAAUCUGCUGUUGAGACGUUGGAGGAUAAGGCGAAUCUCCUGGAAGAGCGGCUGGACCGCAAAUCCAGGAGACAGUUCAAGAAGAUCGAGAAGGUACAGCAGGGUACGAGAAGGAGGUCUAUAUAG